CCUGCUCGGUUUCUUCUCUACUGGAGGCUGACUUGGAGGGAAGUGAACGUCGCUCAGAAAGAGGAAAAAUAGGAGAAAGGAGGAGAAAAACAACUAUCCCACAAAAAGCUGCCUCAGGAGCAGUGAAGUGUCUUCAUGGCAGUUCGUCGAGGACACAUUAAGUACUUGAAAGCUGACUUGCAGGAGGUGUAUGACAUGUCGAACGGUUAUGAAGAGCACAUGGGAGGGGACGAGGGGAAGGACGCCAAGACCAACCUGAUAGUGAACUACCUGCCUCAGAGCAUGACGCAGGAUGAGCUGCGAAGCCUCUUCAGCAGCAUUGGGGAGGUGGAGUCUGCCAAGCUGAUUCGAGACAAAGUCGCAGGCCACAGUUUAGGGUACGGAUUUGUUAACUAUCUUAACCCUAGUGAUGCAGACAGAGCUAUCAGUACACUGAAUGGACUAAGGCUACAGUCCAAAACUAUCAAGGUUUCAUACGCACGCCCCAGCUCUGAUACAAUAAAGGAUGCCAACCUGUACAUCAGUGGCCUGCCAAAGGCCAUGAGCCAGAAGGACGUGGAGGAUAUGUUCUCCCGUUAUGGACGCAUCAUUAACUCCCGUGUACUUGUGGACCAGGCCACAGGAACGACAGGCUCCUCCCGAGGGGUGGCUUUUAUCAGGUUUGACAAGCGGGCCGAGGCAGAGGAGGCUGUGAAAAACCUGAAUGGCCAAAAACCACCCGGAGCCUCAGAGCCAAUCACAGUGAAAUUUGCUGCCAACCCAAACCAGGCGAAGAACACGCAGCUCAUCUCUCAGCUCUACCACAACCAGUCCAGGCGCUUCGGAGGGCCCGUUCACCACCAGGCACAACGGUUCAGGUUCUCCCCCAUGGGUGUUGAUCACAUGGGCGGCAUGGGAAGCGUCGGCGUCCCUGGGAACUCCACCUCCGGCUGGUGCAUCUUCAUCUACAACCUGGGCCAGGACGCCGACGAGAGCAUCCUCUGGCAGAUGUUCGGCCCCUUCGGCGCCGUCACCAAUGUCAAGGUCAUCCGAGACUUCAACACCAACAAGUGCAAGGGCUUCGGCUUCGUUACCAUGACGAACUACGAGGAGGCGGCCAUGGCCAUCGCCAGCCUGAAUGGCUACCGCCUCGGAGACAAGAUACUGCAAGUGUCCUUUAAGACCAGCAAGGGCCACAAGUAGAGAGAGCUGGACAAUCAGGUGUAGAGGAGAGGUGGAAACGACCUGCGCCAGGCUUUUAUAGCAACGAGCAGAAGUUUGAGUUUUUAAAGUCUGGCACAUCUGUUUGGGUUUUAGUGUAUUCAGAGUUAAAUGAAAUGUUCACUCUUCUGCACCUUUGUACUUGUCUAAAAGAGAGGCUAGGCUGAUUAUUUUUUUCCUUUUUUAUUUGUUUUUUCAUCUUUAAACUCAUGCUUGGAACUUGAGACACUCAGUAGUUUAAAUUUUUAGUGAGGGAAUGGAGAGGGCAAAAUCCCAUGAUACCCCAAGGUAACUUUUGGAAAAUGAUCUAAAAAGCUAAAAUGCUGUCCGUCUGUGUUGCAUGUAUAACUGUGGGGACUAGGUAAAGGAGGGACGCAAGCAGUAUCUCAGCAUUGCGCAGAAAAUACAUAGCAUAAGAAAUGCCCUGCAAAGUGUCUAGAGAAGGUGAGGAACAAUAAUUUGCUCAUAGCCAGUGGUCGUUUUGUUUUGAAAAAACAGUGCUCUGUUCUGGAUCCUCGUCAUAAGUAGAAAUAGAUGCCUUAAAUUAUCAUCCAGUGGACACAGACCUACAAUACCACUCACUGUCUCGAGUCAAUCUAAGAGCAAAGCACUUUCAACCAAUCUGCUUUAGGUUACUAUUAAUAUCAGUCUUUUCAAUGUAAAUCUAUGACUUUUGCUCACCCUCCUAACAGGUUAACAGUUUUAAACAUGACAAGUUUUGGAGGGAUAUGUUUUUGUUUUGUUAUCCCUGUGUGAAAGUGUCUUUUUAUUCUAAGUUGUAUUUCAGGAGAGUCCUGUUGAAUAUGAACCCCAGUGAAUGAGUAGGGAGUUAAGAUGGACCAAAGGCAGGGAGAGAUUUGAUCCUAUUACCGCAGGAGUUUUAUGAGCAGAUUCAAGGUAAAUUUAUACCUUUUUGUUUGUAUUUUUUGUGAAGAGGUACUACGGUUAUAUCUGAUGCUGACUGAGAGCAACAUCGCUUUAGCUCAGUAUGUUCUGAUUUGUUUUUUUUUCUUUUUAGAGUUAAGUUGCUUUCUUUUUGUUUGGAUUCUUAUUUUUUUUCUUUCUAAAGGCAUAGAUUUCUAUUUGUUACAAUGUAAGUUACAAACUUGUUUUAUCGAGUGCUUAUCUUAAGUUUGGAGAGAAAUUAAUGGCCUUUGUUUAUGAUUUCAGUUUUAGAUUUGCUUUCUUUUCUUCAUUUCUUUUGUUUUGAUUGUUUCACUUUAAACAUAAACCAUUAAAUUUUAUUUCUUUUUGCCGAAAGUUUUGUUUGGUUUGUUUUUUCUUUUUUAAUUUACCUUUUUUUAAUAUUUGGUUUUAUUUAGGUUUGGUUAAGACUUUUGUUCUCUUAUUUUUCUGGUAGUGAAUCUGCAGUGUUUUAUAAAAGAUCCCUGGUCAAGCAAAAAAUAGGCUGAAACACAACAAGCAGCGGCAAAGAGCAGCCUGCAGUAAGCUGCCUUGCAAAGUCUGAAAAGCUGUGGCUGUUUGAGUCUGUGGAGAGUUUCACUCGCGGCGGCAAUUUGUCCCGCCUGAAAUGCAUGAACAUGCCUCCUGGCCGUAGAAAUGAUUUGAUUUCUGCAGUGAGCCACAUUUUGCUGCUGCUUUGUGUGUUUCCAGUGGAGGCUUUUUAAACAUCUGAGACAGGUUUAACAUUUUUGCAAGAUUAACAAUAUAUGGACCAAUGUUAGUUGCUAGAGUAAAGAUUAUUUAACCUGUGCACAGACACUUGAAGCAAAAGGGAUAUAUCUCUAGAUUGCCGGAUACAUUUGAACUUCUGAAAGAAAAACACAGUUGAAGCUGUACAUACACUCGCAUGGUACGGUUGUUCUUUUCAGCAGUUGUGAGUUGAAUGUCAGACUUUUAUAUUGACUUCUGACUAAUUAUGUCUCCUUUUUUAUACCCAGCUGU